UAUUAUUUUAUUAUUUAAUUAUUAUAAGUACAGUGUCAUCCUAAUUGCACUGUAAGGUGGUGGCAAAAAACUCUCGGGCUAAGUUAAAUAAAUCAAAUAAAUCUGCUCCCAUGGGUGCCGUUGAUGGCAGUUAAAAGGCACAUAUAUAAACUGGAAGUGGAAAGUCAUUUCCACAUUCAACAUGGGUCAGUUGCACCUACUGUUAGCCGCAUUGGUUCUCCUUAGUCCUGGCAGGCAAAGCUCCUAUCACAAUUUACUACAUCAUCUGAGUCGUGAGCUUGAAUUUGAGUAUGCGCUGCUUUUGGGCAACUCCGAUCCGACUUGGCUGGAAAUCUUGUGGCAACUUCCUGUUUCCGUACUUCAAAUUGAAGAGCACUCUAGUCCGAACUAUAACUUGCUUGAAAAUCAAUCAUAUAAUGUCCUUACAAUAGCUUUUGUGAACGAUGCACCGGAAGCCGUACUGGGAAAUUUGUACCGCCAUCUACGUAUGCUAAACACACGACCCGUGCUGUUGGCUAUAAAGAAUAUGACAGUUCGAGUAAAUUUGUUGUUGCAAUGGUGUUGGAACCAUCAGCUACUUAAUGUUGUGGCCAUAGGUCCAGAUUUCGAGGAGUCCUUAAUUGUCUACAGCUACACGCCCUUUCCCAUCCUGCAGUUUAUUGAGAGAAGUUUGGACAAUAGCUCUGUAAUAUUCGAACAGCGCUUGGAAAAUCUUCACGGCUAUAGGAUACCCAUUGCUUUGGGUGGAUCUUCACCUCGACUAAUAGUAUAUCGUGGUUUGGAUGGAAAACUGAUUUUCUCAGGACCUGUUGGUAAUUUCAUGAAGAGCUUUGAACAGCGUUAUAAUUGCAGAUUGGUUCAACCAUAUCCUUUUGACGAGUCUGCCAUUCCUCCGGCUCGUGAUUUAAUUGCUGCCGUGCGAAAUGGUAGUGUGCAAAUUGCUUUGGGGGCUAUUCAUCCCCAACUUCCUUAUACUGGGUUUUCUUAUCCCUUCGAGCUGAUGAGCUGGUGCCUGAUGAUGCCAGUGCCCGAGGAGGUUCCUCCCAGUCAGCUCUACAGCAUGGUAUUCAGCCCUCUGGCGUUCGGCGUCACUAUAGUUGCCAUGGUGUUGAUUUCAUUAAUAUUAUCCAUUGCUCUUCGUCUUCACGGAUAUAGAGUCAGCUUUAGUGAGUACGUUCUGCAUGACAGCUGUCUGAGAGGAGUCCUGUCUCAAUCCUUCUAUGAGGUCCUUCGACCUCCAGCUUUAAUUAGGGCUAUGUAUCUGGUGAUCUGUUUGCUGGGUCUGCUGAUCACCUCCUGGUACAACUCGUACUUCUCCACUUUUGUGACCAGAGCCCCCAGACUGCCACGGCUCAGCAGCUAUGAGAGCAUUAAGCAGUCUAGUCUCAAGGUAGUGAUUUGGAAGCCGGAGUACGAAAUGCUUCUCCUCUUAUCGGAAAACAUGCAGAAAUACUCGUCGAUCUUUCAACUGCACGAGGACUACCAGGAGUUUUUGCAUUUACGCGACUCCUUCGACAGCAGAUACGGCUACAUGAUGCCAAUGGAGAAGUGGUCUCUGAUGAAGGAGCAACAGAGGGUAUUCAGUUCGCCAUUGUUCAGCCUGCAGGAUGAUCUCUGCGUCUUUCACACCGUUCCCAUAGUGUUUCCCAUCGUAAGCAAUUCGAUAUUUAGGAAACCCUUUGAUCGCCACAUUUUGGAAGUGGCUGCCACGGGACUUCUGAGUCGCUGGAGAGACAUGAGCUUUACGGAAAUGAUCAAGGCAGGAAAAUUGAGCCUCGAGGAUCGAGGUCAUCCAAAGGAAUUUCGGGCCAUGAAGGUGGAGGACUUGCUACAGAUUUGGCGCUUUGUGGGUUGGAUGUUUGGGUUGGCCACAAUGGUGUUUAUCCUAGAGUUGGUUUGUUUUUGGCGACACAGGAUGUGGCAGAACAUGAAAUAUAUAUUUUGUUUCGGCAAACCAAAAAAAAAUUUAAGUUAG